ACGUAACUGCAGGAGUGGCGAGAGUGGGCGUGUCAUCGGAGGUGACGUUUCCGGAAGCUCCGACUGUCUGUCAUCCUUCAGGAAAGAAUUGAUUGGUCCAAUGUCUGACCAUUCGGAUGUGAGCCUCCCGCCCCAAGACCGGGUGAGGAUUCUGUCCCAGCUUGGGAGUGUAGUUGACUUGAAUGAAGACAUCCCACCCCGUCGCUACUUUCGCUCUGGUGUGGAGAUCAUCCGCAUGGCAUCCAUUUACGCUGAAGAAGGCAACAUUGAACAUGCCUUUAUCCUCUACAACAAAUACAUCACGCUGUUCAUUGAAAAACUUCCAAAACACCGAGACUACAACAAAUCAGCUAUCAUUUCUGAGAAGAAAGACGCGAUCAAGAAAUUAAAGAACGUCGCUUUCCCGAAAGCAGAAGAACUGAAGACGGAACUCUUGAAAAGAUACACCAAGGAAUAUGAGCGGCAUAAAGGACAAAAGAAAAAGGAAGAAGAGGAACUUGCCCGGAAUAUCGCCAUCCAGCAAGCAUUGGAAAAAGAAAGACAGAGGGUCGCGCAGCAGCGCCAGAGGCAGCUGGAACAGGAGCAGUUCCAUGCCUUUGAGGAGAUGAUCCAGAAGCAGGAGCUGGAAAAAGAGCGGCUAAAAAUUGUCCAAGAGUUCAGGAAGGUAGACCCUGGCCCGUGUGGGCCUCUGCUGCCUGAUCAGGAAAAGCCUUGUGUAGAUGUGGUCCCCACUUCACCCUUCUCGCCCACCCAAACAUCAGACUGUAACACGACCACCGUGAGGCCAGCUAAGCCGCCUGUGGUGGACAGGUCCCUGAAACCUGGAGCACUAAGCAUCAUAGAAAACGUUCCCACCAUUGAAGGCCUGCGCCACAUCGUGGUGCCCCGCAAUCUGUGCUCAGAAUUCCUCCAGCUUGCCAGUGCCAAUACCGCCAAAGGCAUUGAAACUUGUGGAGUCCUCUGUGGAAAAUUGAUGAGAAAUGAAUUCACCAUCACACACGUGCUCAUUCCCAGGCAAAAUGGUGGGCCUGAUUAUUGUCACACAGAGAAUGAAGAAGAAAUUUUCUUUAUGCAGGAUGAUCUUGGACUCCUCACCCUUGGCUGGAUCCAUACUCACCCAACCCAAACGGCUUUUCUGUCCAGUGUGGAUCUGCACACCCAUUGCUCCUAUCAAAUGAUGUUACCAGAGUCCAUAGCUAUCGUCUGCUCCCCCAAGUUCCAGGAAACUGGAUUCUUUAAGCUGACUGACUAUGGCCUUCAAGAGAUCUCAACGUGCCGGCAGAAAGGCUUUCACCCCCAUGGCAGAGACCCCCCUCUUUUCUGUGACUGCAGCCACGUCACGGUCAAGGACAGAAUCGUGACCAUCACAGACCUUCGAUAAAUCUCAUCGUGAUCCAGGGAAAUGGCUCAUUGCCGCCCAGCAGACCAA